AUGAAAGAAGUCGAAAAGUUAAUAGAACGUUUACAGCGUUCAAAAUCCAUUCUUAACUCAUUACCAUUAGAUAAAAAUUAUUUUAUUAUUCGACAAGAUCUUACUGAAUGGAAAACACGAAUGAUUAAUACAAUAAAAACGAUGCAUAUACAAACAUUAAUUGAAUUAGAUACAUCAUAUGAUCAACUUGAUUGUUACCGUCAAACAAUUGAAAAUAUUCUUAAUGAUCGAAUACAAACACAACUUGAUGAAAUUACAGAUGAUACAUCAAAUAAAAUUGAACAAAUUAAACAAAAAUUAAAUGAUUUACAACAAAAUAUUAAAGAAUUAGAAUGUCUAUCAUUUAAACUUGAUUAUGAACAUGUAAAUAUUGUUGGACAAUUAACAUUAGAAAAAGUCAAUUUAACUCAAACAACAGUGACAAAUGAUAAUCAACAUGAAGAACAAGAGUCUGUAGAAGAAGAAUCUAAAAUGUACAGUCACUUCGAUGAAGUAUCAUUGAAUGACGAAUAUGUUAAUGAUCAGUAUAAUAACAACAAUAUUGCGAAUGAUAUUAUUUUCAGAAGAGAUUCAACAGCACGUGUCAUCUCACAUCCUAAUCAAAACGACAAUGAAAUCGAAGAAGAAGAAGAAGAUGAUGACGACAAUAAAUAUUCAAUAUCGGACUUAAAUUAUUGUCGUUUAUUAAUAACGAAUAAUGAUAGUACAAAAUUAUUGAAUUAUCCUGAAUAUAAGAUCAUUUCACAUCACAAUAGUCCAGAAAGUAUUCUCAUGUCAAAGACAGUUAGUCAAUUGCGUAAUGCAUUAUCAAUCAUCAAUAAAUUUGAAGUUCGAGUUUUAAUUCAUCAGAGUUACGGUCCAUUUAUUGUUGGUUCAUUGGGAUCACGUUCUCGAAUGUUAAAAGAAAAAUAUUCAUUACAAACCUUUCAAGUUUAUCCAACUUGUUGUCCAAAAUCAACGGAACGUAUUUUACUUAUUAUUGGUAUUAAACAUGAACAAAUAUUGAGUUGUUUAAAUGAAAUUUAUUUUAAUAUGGAUGAGACACCAUUGAAUGAAGAGGAUGAAAAACAAAUUCGACUUUAUCAUCCAAAAAAUUAUUUAAUUGAAUUGGUACGAGAUUAUGGUGGUUAUGUUAAUUAUGAACAAGAAAAACACUAUCAACUACGAUUAAAUAUCGACUCAAAUCAUAAUGAUAUCAAGAGUCAAUAUGAAAUACAACAGAACAAUGAAGCAGGAGAAACAAAAAUGUUAACAAGUAAUUGGAAUGAAGAUUUUUAUCGUCGACAUCGUGGUAAAAAAAUUGAAGUACAACGUUUAAUGAUUCGAGAUCGAGAAGCGGGCGCUAUCUAUGGUCCAGGUUCCAGUCGUUUGAAACAAAUUAAAAUAGAAUCGGGUGCUAAUGUUUCUAUUUUGUUACCAAAUGAAGGCAACAGAAGUAGUGAUCGAACGUUAGUAAUUAAAGUCAAUGAAAAUCGUGUACUUGUACAUCAACUAACCGAUCGUACAAAUGAAGAAAGUAAAUCACUUGAAUUAUUAUUUGAAAAUAAAAGUCAUUUACACGAUAAAAUUCGUUUAAAAUUAAGAAAAUGGAAAAUAUCCAUGGAACAACAAAUUAAUUUACAACAUAAUGAAAAACUAUGUGAAUUAGCUGUGAGUUUUAAUCAAUUAGUAGAAUUUAAAACAAUGAUUCAAACAAUUUUAAGUGAUUCUAUACAAAAACAAUUAGAAAAAUUGUUAAUUAUGCCAAUAACAAAUCAGACAUUAAAAGAUGUUGAAUCAUUAAAAAUAAAAUUAUAUCAAAUGAAACGUGAAAUUUCUCUAUUAAAAUGUUUAUCAUAUCAAUUAGAAAGUAAAGAAUUAAAAAUUCGUGGACAAAUUAGAUUGUGCAAAGGUGAUGGGAGUGUAUUAAUCGAAGCAGAAGAUUAUAAUGGUGAUAAUCAACAAAAUGAAGAAAAACAGAUACAAGAUGAUUUUCUCUGUCGAUUAUUAAUUCCAAAAGAUAAUGUUGAUAAAAUAAUUAAUACAAAAGCGUAUAAUCAAUUUAUACAAAUAUCCAAUAAUGGUGGACCAGAACGAGUAUUAACAAUUAGCGGUGAAAAUCAUCUUGAUGUUAUUGAAGAAAUAUUAUCGAUUGAUUGUUCACAUGAAAAUGAUAUUUGUAAAUUAUAUGUACUUAUUCAUCAAUCCUAUGCACCAUUUAUUAUUGGUAAAUUAGGUGAUCGUAGUCGAAUGUUAAAAGAUAAAUAUUUGUUAGAUACAAUCAAAGUAUAUCCAUCUUGUUGUCCACGAUCUACAGAACGUGUUCUCUAUUUACAUGGUUCAAAAUCAACAAUUUUAAAUUGUCUUGAUGAAAUUUAUUAUAAUAUCAAUGAAACACCAUUAAAAGGUUUAAAAAUGUUGUAUGAUCCGAAAAAUUAUGAUCCAAAACAAGCCAAUGAAUAUGGUGGAUUUAACGAUGGUAUCACAUAUGAACAUGAUGUACAAUAUCAACAAUCGGAAAAAAAUAAUGGAUGGAAGGAAAAUAUUGAGAAGAAAGUUAAAAUUUAUUCAGCUCUAGAUGCAUGGAAUGGUAUGACAAUUGAAGAUGAUGAAAAUAAGUGGUAUAAAAUAUGUGGUGUGGAUAUUAUUAUAAAAGAGUUUAAAAUAUCACAUGGACAAUUUGGAGCUAUUUUAGGUCCGCAUGGUAUGCGUUUAGCUCAAAUACGUGCACAGAGUGGUGCCGGGAUACUAUGUGAACCGGGUAAGACAAUUAAAACUUAUCCAUUAUCAAUUAAAGGUACAAAACAACAAGUAAAUCAUGCAUUACAAUUAAUUGAAAAAUGUAUUAAAGAACAUGAUAAAAAGUUUCCAUUUAAGGCAAUGAGAAAUUAUGGAAAAAGUUUUCGUCCUUAA